AUGAUAGGUACCAUAUUUUCAAUUUUGUUUACUAUUAUUAAAUUGUGUAUAGCAACCUCUCCAAUUAUUUGUAUUAUCUUGAUAUUUGUACUGAAUAAAAAUAACACACCGGAUGAUAAAAAAAAGAAACCAGAUUUUUAUUUUGAAGUAGAUUAA